AAUCCAACCCCUCUUUUCACUCUUUUCACUCAGUUCAUACCGGCAGGCACGCUUGCUGCUGUGGACUUUGGUCGAGGGGACUGCAUUAAGAGCUCGGACACACUUUAAACAGCUGUGAGGAAAGUUUUAAGAGACACCACAAUGGCUGGACUCAAGUACAUGUGCGGUUUUGGGAAUGAGUUCUCCUCUGAAGACCCUCGCUGUCCCGGAUCAUUACCUGAGGGACAGAACAAUCCCCAGGUCUGUCCCUAUGGCCUCUAUGCUGAGCAGCUCUCCGGCUCUGCUUUCACCUGCCCACGGCCGGCCAAUAAGAGGAGCUGGUUGUACCGCAUCCUCCCAUCUGUCAAACAUAAGCCUUUUACUGCAGUGCCAUGUGGGAAUCUAACAGAGAACUGGAAUGAAGUUGAGCCUGAUCCUAACCAGCUGCGAUGGCUGCCAUUUACCAUUCCCAAAUCUACAGAGAAGAAAGUGGACUUUGUGGCUGGUCUGCAUACUGUCUGUGGUGCUGGUGACGCUAAAUCUCGCAAUGGCAUCAGCAUCCAUGUGUACACCUGCAACACCUCCAUGGUUGACAGGUGCUUCAACAACUCAGAUGGAGACUUUCUGAUUGUCCCCCAGCAGGGUGAGAUCUUGAUCACUACAGAGUUCGGGAAGAUGAUGGUGGAGCCGAACGAGAUCUGUGUCAUCCAGCAAGGGAUGCGCUUCAGUGUGGAUGUGUUUGGAGAAACCAGAGGUUAUAUAAUGGAGGUGUAUGGAGCCCAUUUUGAACUCCCUGACCUGGGACCCAUAGGGGCUAACGGUCUGGCCAACCCAAGAGAUUUCCUGUGUCCAGUUGCUUGGUACGAGGAUCGCAAAGUGGCCACAGGUUACACCAUCAUCAACAAGUACCAAGGGAAGCUCUUCGCCUGCCAACAGGAUUUUUCUCCGUUCAAUGUGGUUGCCUGGCACGGGAACUACACCCCUUACAAAUACAACCUGAAGAACUUCAUGGUUAUCAACUGUGUGGCUUUCGACCAUGCGGAUCCAUCUAUCUUUACUGUUCUGACUGCCAAAUCCACACGACCAGGUGUGGCCAUUGCUGACUUUGUCAUCUUCCCCCCACGGUGGGGCGUGGCUGACCACACCUUCCGUCCGCCAUACUAUCACCGUAACUGCAUGAGUGAAUUCAUGGGUCUGAUCAAGGGCCACUAUGAGGCCAAAGAGGAGGGUUUCCAGCCGGGAGGGGCCAGCCUCCACAGCAUGAUGACCCCACACGGUCCAGACGCUGACUGCUUUGAGAAGAACAGCACGGCUGAGCUCAAACCUGAGAGGGUGGCUGAAGGCACCAUGGCUUUUAUGUUUGAGUCAUCCUUCAGUAUGGCAGUGACCAAGUGGGGUCUGCAAACAUGUCAGAGGCUUGACAAAACUUACUACCAAUGCUGGGAACCUCUCCGCAGCCACUUUAACCCCAACUGGAAGCCCAGCAAAAAGUAGAAAUGCAAAGUGACUCAGGAGAAACUUUAACCUAAUACCGUUCUUACAUGAAGAUAAAGAUCCUAAUUCCAUUUUGUUAAAACGAACUACAAGCAAUCUGAUUUUUGGCUUUCUUUGUGCAAUUUGAUUAGGUUUGUUGAUAGAAAUUACAGAGGAAUGAAUUUAGACAUUUAUUUUAUACAGACAGCUAUGAUUGGAGCCGCACAAUAAAAAAAAAAUAGUUUGUGCUGUCUGCUGUUUGUCAUGUUAGAAAUAAUAAUUACAACUAGGCUGCAUUAAUAGUUUCUAUACAUGUAACUGCAUACAUCAGUCCUGCCGAACACGUAUGCAUUUUGUUUAUGUCCUCUAACUGUUUGGAGAUUAAAGGCAUCAUAAAAUGCACCUUUGUUUACUGGAAAACUGAACUUUAAAAUGAGGCCAUGUUAUUCUUAAUAUAACACAUUCUUCUGACAAAGAAAAACAAACUAAUGAGAAAUAAGCUUAAUAACAAUUUUCAGUUCAACACACUCACAGGUUGUGCUGAUACAGUGGCCUGGUAUGACCAGUAGCUCAUGGUGGAUAUUGUUAGCAUACCUUAGAUAUACAAUGCUAGUGUCAAAACUGUCUUUUUACGAUAGUUGUAUUAUUUUUAAAUUGAAGAGUAAAUAUCUCAUGUAUAAUUGAAUCCAACAGAACAGCUUUGGAGUAUUUUAAGCAUUUUAAUUUUACCCUUUCAGGAAAGCACAAUCAAAAUGUUUGUCUUUUAUCAAAUAAAACAUCCUGUCUCUCUUUUA